CUUGACACCAUCUUGAACCAAAAGAACUGGAACAACGGUUCUGAUGAAUCCAAGAAGUUGUACUGUAUCUACGUUGCUGUCGGUCAAAAGCGUUCUACUGUUGCUCAACUUGUCAGAACUCUUGAAGAAAACGAUGCCAUGAAGUACACCACCGUCGUUGCCGCCACUGCUUCUGAAGCUGCUCCUCUUCAAUAUCUUGCUCCUUUCUCCGGUGCCGCCUUUGGUGAAUGGUUCCGUGACAACGGCAAGCACUCUUUGAUUAUCUACGAUGAUUUGUCCAAGCAAGCCGUUGCUUACCGUCAAAUGUCCCUUUUGCUUCGUCGUCCUCCUGGUCGUGAAGCCUACCCUGGUGAUGUUUUCUACCUUCACUCUCGUCUUUUGGAACGUGCUGCCAAGAUGAACAAGAGCUUCGGUUAUGGUUCCAUGACUGCUCUUCCCAUCAUUGAAACUCAAGGUGGUGAUGUCUCUGCUUAUAUUCCCACCAACGUCAUUUCCAUUACUGAUGGUCAAAUUUUCUUGGAAGCCGAACUCUUCUUCAAGGGUAUCCGUCCUGCCAUUAACGUCGGUCUUUCCGUCUCUCGUGUCGGUUCCGCUGCCCAAACCAAGGCCAUGAAGCAAGUUGCUGGUUCCAUGAAGCUCUUCUUGGCCCAAUACCGUGAAGUUGCCGCUUUCGCUCAAUUCGGUUCUGACUUGGAUGCCUCUACCCAAUUCUUGUUGAACCGUGGUGCUCGUCUUACCGAAUUGUUGAAGCAACCCCAAUACACUCCCUUGUCCAUUGAAACCCAAAUUCCUAUCAUCUUUGCUGGUGUCAACGGUUUCCUUGACAAGGUCCCUGUCAACAAGGUCACUGAAUGGGAAAAGGACUUCAUCGGCCACAUCCACACUGAACACAAGUCCACUUUGGAAGAAAUCCGCUCCAAGGGUGUUCUUUCCAAGGAACUUGAAACCAAGCUCCGUGAAAUCUGUGAAAACCACACCAAGAACUUCUAUUAA